GCCCUCCUGGGGGGCUGCCGAAGUCCCCCUGCCCAGCCCCUGCUGCAGGACAGGAGCCGGCAGCUCCCGGGUUAUAAAAGCCAGGCGAGGCCUGGGGUGGGGCUGGCGUCAGUGGGAAAUGUCUCCCUGGAAGCAGGUUAGCUUCACAGGAAACCCGUCACCAACAGCGAGAAAACUCCAAGGACAAGUUGAACGCAAACGACAUCUCGGAGACAGUCCAUGGGGACUGUACCAGAUCCUCUGAGAUCUGCCAAGCUUUCCGUGGUCUCAGCUUCUGCAGAGGAGGAGCACCUGGGAGACCUGCAGUCUGCUAAGCACCAGCCCCAACUACCCAGUGGCCAGAGGACCAGCAAUGGCUUCCCUUGCACACCGUCCAGCUCAGCUGCAGUUUGCUUGUCUGACCUGAAAUGCGCAGGUGCUGCCGGCACUCAGGGGUGUGAGCAGUGCCACAAGGACAAUGAGAGCCGGCAGGAAGCCUUUCCUCCUGGGCUCGCCAGCACAGCUGCAGAGGGGCAUCCUGCAGCUGUAAAUCCUGCUGGUUGCUCCCAGCCAGUGGGCAGUGGAACACCAGCAGCACCAGCCCUUCCUGCAGCAGGAGCCCUCUUGGCGGGGCAAGGGCCAGAGAUGAUGCCAGCCCCCCAGAGCUCCCGGCAGUUUGUGCAAGGCAGCCAGGUGAAAACGAGCUCCCUGACGCAAAUAGAUGACUCUGCCUUGAAACCUCAGGGGACCAAUGAUCAGCCGGCACUUGAGGUGUUAAAUUAUUCUUCCCCAGGUGAUCCUGUCAGGGGUGAUGAAUCCUGUCAUACUUCUCAGGCAAACCUUCUGCAAAGAGGGGAAAAAGGCAGGGGAGCAGAAAAAAAUGGUUCCGCUGCAUGUCAGUCAGCCUUGCCAGCAAGGCAAACCGAAGCUGACCUGGGGAGAGACCCACAGACCAGUUUGGAGGCGAAGAGCGGGCCUGCAGACAAGGCACAGUUGCAGCCCACAGAUAAAGCUGAAGCGGCACAGAGCAACAAGGCACCAGCCCAGUUUAGCCACAGGAGUCCACAUCCUGUACACAACACAGACCCCAGGCCAGGAAGUCCAGGUCCCACCCAGCUCUCCAAAUUCAGAGAAACAGGUACAAUGACGGUUCAGCCAGAGAGCAGCUCUUUGACUCAGGAAGCUGUAAGUAGGACAUGGCGAGAUGCUGAGGUUCAGGCUGUGGCUACUGUGGAGAGCAAAUCUGCUUCCACCAGUCCCAGCAUCCUUGUUGCCUUCUUGAAAGGAAAUCCUCCUCCAGAGGAGAAGGAAGAACUGCACAUAAUUUACCAAGGAGGUAUGGGGCUGAGCCAGGCUGAACGUACUGACAAUUUAUCCCCACCACAAAAGUCCCCGUGUUCUCCUGGUAUCACAUCAAAAUCGACUGUUGUGGCUGUGACUGCUUCAGCCCAGACCCAGCCUGUCAAACUGCCUGGGGUGCCGUCUGACAUGGUGUCUCCAGUGUCAGCAGAUAAUGCAAAACCUGUUGUCCCCUUCUCCCCUGCAGCUGUUACCUCCCAAGGGACACCUGUGGGUAAUGCUGGAACGAUCGGUGAAGCCCAUGAUGGCAAGGAUGCUGCUCAGCUGCCAGUGGAUGCUCCAGUCUCACCAAAGCCUGUCCCAGUCGAGCAGCUUGCUCUUGACUCCAGUAAUCAAACUCCAUCACAGUCUGGGACUGGCACUGAUGAACCAAGCAACACUUCCCCUGAUGCUGUCCCAGGAACCAAGAACAACGGGCGAGAUCUUGUCCGUGUUGCAGGAAGCAGCCCGUUAGCUUUACUCUGUAGCACAGACAGUGAAGUCAAGCAGAAGGAGGUCCCAGCUAGCUCUGAGCAAAAGCCUGUGCAAAGUAAGGGUGCAGGUCAAGGGGAGGCCAUUCCUUAUCAAUCUGUGGUAAAACCAAAGGAAGAAAACUCAAUGGUGCUUGAUCCUAAAGGAGGGAUGAAUGUUAGCAGCCAGCCUGCCACUGUCCAUGUAAAGGCGUGCUUGGAGGAUGUAGGUGAGAAGAGCAGAGGCCAGGGAGACACUGGCCAGUCUCAGACAGCCAGCAGCCAGAACCUGCAGGCAGGACUGACACCUAAGUUGAGUGGGAGUUCUCCAGGUCUUGCCCAUCCUGUGGCAGCAUCUGCAGCUCUCCAGCAGCAAGGCUUCCAGGCCAGGGAGUCCAGACACGAGCUUCACACAGCAGCAAUUCCUGCUUCAGCUCAGGCCUUGCCAAACCUGGGGGAAAACAAAAAGCAGCACACCCCAGCCAUGGAGGCAAAAGUGCAAGUGAAGCAGUCCAAACACAUCAGGGAUGUUGUUUGGGACGAGCAGGGAAUGACAUGGGAAGUUUACGGUGCUUCCCUUGAUCCAGAAUCCCUGGGAAUUGCCAUCCAGAACCACUUACAGAGACAAAUACGGGAACAUGAGAAACUGAUCCGGGCCCAGAACAGUCAGACACGGAAAUCCAUUUCCUCGGAUACAUCUUCAAAUAAAAAACUGAAAGGGAGGCAGCACAACAUGUUCCAGUCCAUGCUGCAGAAUUUUAGGCGUCCUAACUGCUGUGUCCGACCUGCUCCCUCUUCUGUGUUAGACUGACGUGGUUUGCAGGGGUGCCUGGAUCUCUGCAGUGGUAGAGAGAAUCCCUCUCCUCAAGUCCUGCUGUUCGGUUGUGUUACUGAGGUUGUGAUGCAGCAACAGUGGAAAAUUAUUCCCCUUUGUUUUCUGACUAGCCACAUCUCCAUCAUGCCAUUAUUAUUGUCACAGCUGGUGUAUUCCCACAUUAUGCCCCCUUCCCGACUACUGUCAGAUGAAAAGCUAGGCACUUAGCAAAAGCACAAAUUUCAAUUGCCACCUUGUUGCAGGGAGAGCAGCACCUUCUGUUAAAGUAGGAAGCAGAGAGAUUAUCAGAAUUAUUAUGGGAAUUAUUUGUGUGCAUCAUGAGGUCUUAUACAAAGGGGUGGACUGGGGGAAGCUGAGGGAGGUGGAACUAAGGUUUAACAGCUGUCAAGAUCUAAAACAAGACAACUUUCCUGGUGUGUAAGUUACCUACGCUGAGGCAAAUCCAUGAACAGGCUAUGGACAUUGAUCACUGAGCAGUCUCACUUCUGCUGAUACUGUGGGUCACUGUUUUCAGGUUAGCCCCAGGGAGACAGGUCUUCCCUUCUUGUUGAAAUGGAGAAUGAGGAAAAGAGUGAGGAUCAAGACUGAAGGACCGUCUCUUUGGGAGAAGCUAAAUCAAUGGGAUUUUGGUGGCCAGAAGGGGAGGUGAAAGAGGGGCUUUUUGUCCCCCGCAUCAGCCAUGCUUAAGGUAUAAGCAGGUGAGGCACAGGAGAGCACAUUGGUAAAUGUACCUGCAUCCAGUGGGAUGGUGCCUGCUGGGGUGUUCCUGCCAAGUCUUUCAAAAGCAGUGAGCCAUUCUGGCUCCUCAGCUGGGGUGGGAAGCCCCUGCUCCCCGCCUCCCACGGUGCUGAGCACCUCUCCUCUAAAUCACUCUUUAAAGUGAUGUGGAUCUUUCUUCUCUUUCCAGAGAUGUUCUCCCAUACGAGCAGGCUGUCCUGUCCAUGAGCCUCCAUGUCUAGUGUGGGUCUUUUUCCCUUUUAAGUCCUUAGCCAACUCUACUUUUUCAGUAUUUUGGUGCUUUUCUUGCUGCCUUUCAUAAAACCAAUACCAUUUAUUUAGCCCGUGUGUGUUUUGUUUUACCUAACUCUCUAUAUUAUAAACCAUUAUAUUGUUAACUUGAAAAAUUUACUUUAUAGCAGUACUGAAAUCUUGAGACAAUCUUUACUGUAUUUCUGACGUUAGAAAAGUUAUAGAAACUGCUAAUAAAAAGUAGCUUAGUGACUGUUUCUCCAGAAUUGUGAUAUACAAUAAUGUCUCAAAUGUAUGUUGGUCACAUUUCUCAACAUAAUAUUUUUCAGCCUGGGAAAUAUGUUUCCCACUAGCUUUUUAUUCUGUCCACUAGAGUUCUUAAUGGGAGGCUGGGGAACUCCUGCAGUUUGUAGGAAAUUUAGUUAUCAAUCCUGCAAAGCACUGAGGAUUUGGAUGCUGUAAUCCUGCAGAGUACAAGAGUUAAAUAGGAGUUACUUUUAUUCCAUUAAAGAUUUUUCGUGAAUCAUGAUGAUAAUUUUUUUUUCCGUCUGUAGUACCACAUGCCUGACUUACUCUGUAGAUCUUACAACUUACUCUAAAUCUUACAGGUUUACACAGUGUAAAUGAGUAUUAAUGGGGUUUUUUUUGUUUUUUUUCUGUGAAGUGAACCUGAGGUAGUCCCCUUUUAUUUAGGAGGUCAGAUUUCUUGAGUAUAUCAACUGGCAACCCUUCAUAGUAGCUGUUUUGGGGCAAUUUUUCCCCAACAGAAGAGUAAAAUACUGUAAUAUACAAUAUUUUAACUCAGUUCAAUGAAAGGUGUUACCUCUAGGCAUAGUACUGAAUUGACUCCCAGUUUUCCUCUGGUGCAUAUCUGGGGGCUUUAUGUCACGUCUUCGUUCAAUUUCUGUAUGUUAUUUCAAGUCCUCUCCCACUUGUGAUGCUGAAUUGCUCAUUCUGAAACACCACAUUAGAGAGUGUCUUCCCACCUCUGCCUACCAGGAGGAAAGUCUCCAGCCUUUUUUCUGUUAGUACUGCUCUUUCCAUCCCCUUCCUAGCAGUGUCUGAGAUGUGAGUUUCAUGUGAAAUUUUGUGUGGCAUUAAUAUUGGCAGUAUCAUUAGGUCAGGUUAGUUGACAAGUUCAGUGUCUCUUCCCACAUUGUGUUCAUGUCAGCCCUGACAAGGUUCCCUGAGCUGUCUGUGUUUUUUGCUGUCUCCUGUCCAGGUCCAAGGCUUUGUGCUGCUCCUUUUGCCUCCCUUCUGCCCCUUCCCUCACUAGCUGUUGCCCAGCCUGUCUUCUUGUGAAACCGUGUCCCUUGGCUCAGCUUGCGUCCCUCUCUCUGCUGUCCCCCUUCCUGUAGCGCUGUGAGCCAGCUUACUCUGAACUGUCCCUUUUUAUCCUCAGUCUGAAUAUACAAAUGGAUUGUCAUAUUUUUUUCCAGAGGAGAAUAAAUGGCUAUCGCGCAUUCACCAAUUUCUAUGAACUUUAUCCUUUAGCUUAAGCUCUGCAAAAUAUUUCCAGCGUAUGGGUGGCUUUAUUGAGACCAAACUGGGCUUGGCAAUGAAUGACCAGGGUGCUGGGCCAGCACUGGAAUUAAUUCUUCUUUGUGAGGAAGAGGAGAUCUCCCCUGGUUCCCUGCAGCUUCUUUCAGCUGCGUUUUCACUAGCCAGUCCACCCACACCUCUCUUCCCCACGCCAAAUGACCUUUCUUCUAGGAAAAUUUCACCAAUGCAUAUGUACCGCAAAGCGCUGAUGGACAGCUUACUAAGUGGAUGCAUCUGAACAACUGCAUGGGCAUAACUGAAAAAAAUGUAGUGUUCAGCACAUAUUCUGGGAAAAUACCAGUGCAAAGACGCAAAGUGUCCGUGACACUGUCUGGUGAGGGCAGAAGUCCUGCAGACGUGUGUUUGAAGUCAAGCAAUAAAGUGCCAAAAAGCCAACACACACAAAUGAGUCGAUAAUCACCAGCACAUCUCAUGGAAACUAUUUUAGGUUUUGACUCUGCCUUGCUAGGGCAGACUGUAGGCAAGCUGCUAGUUUUAACACUGGUGAUUUAUGCUUACUCCUCCAUACAGUGUCUAGAUGAAAAUAUGAAUCCUCAUGUGGAUGACACACGUUUCACCAGCAGCAAAACAGAACCAUGUUUUGAGUAGCAAUUAGCAAAUAUUAUGCAUGUGAGUGGGCUUGUAGCAGCCAAGAAAGACUGUUCUUGGUGUCUUCAUUUGUCAAAAAUGAAAGUGUGCCUGGAGUAGUGGUAUGGCAGAGAGUAGGGGCAGAUGAUCUGUGUGCCACCACCCCAUUCCUUUUCUCUACCCAGUGACUCAGAAUCACAUUGCUGAUGGUUGGAUGGUUAAAAACCAAGGAAAUCCAUUUGGGCUAAUAAAAAGAGGGUUCAAAACACAAAAUACUUUGUCAUUUCCAAGAGUAAAUCUAUAUGGAAAAAAAAAGGAGAAAAAUACCUGUGUCGCAGCUUAGCCAGCUGAAGUAACUUUUAAAUUCAUUUUUUUGCAAGAUGAGAAAUUUUGGGAAACAAGCUUACUGUCAGGAAACUAUUUCCUGUUGGUUGCAUUUAUAAAGGCAGUGAAUGAGAACGGAAUAUUUACUUCUAGUUUCACUUCAGGAGCUUUCCACUAGGAAAAGAUGAGAAUAAACACAUUUCAGUGUUACCAAUACAAAACCUGAGUUAAAAGAGUAUGUUGGUGCAGGCAAUUUACAGUAUAGUCCUGGAUUUCAUGUGAGGCUGUGACAUGUCUAUGUGCACUUGGUUGGUAUCAGCCAGCUUUGUGUUGCUUUGGGCACAAGUUCUGAAGUUCUUCCUCAUUUCUACUGACUUGGUUUGGAGAAAAAAAGAGUGGGGAAAUAGCUGAAUAGACAAGAAGGGGAAUAUCUGUCUUCUUCGUUUCAGAGGAAAAAAACCUUCUUUUGAAUAUACAAGAAGGAAUUGCUGAGAAACAUGGGAAGGGAGCGACCAAAACUCAUGUAAAAUAAAGUUGAUGUAGGUGCUUCACAAGGAAUUCCCAUUCCUGUGUGUGUGAAGCCAGUGUUUUGCUUAAGUUCUGCCCAUUUCUUCAUUCUGACCUCACACAUUUUUCAUAUUGUUGGUGGUAUCCCGUGGCUUUUAGGAAAAUUAACAUUUCCAAAGGCUGUAUAUUUUGCUAGUAUUUAUAGAUAUAUCCAAAUUUGAUCAAAUAAAACCUCUAGGCAAACAACCUCAGUUUAUUACUGCUACCGCAAUUGUAAAAUGCACUGUUUGGAGAAGCAUAUUCAAGGGAUUCAGAAAAGGUGAAUGUAUGCUCUAAAGAUAAACACUAGCUUUUCUCUUGAAUUUCAUUACUAUGGUGAAGUGUUAAAGGUAAAAGUGGAAAUCCAAAUGAAGAUCAGUGUUGAAGGAAAAUUCAAAGUGGCUGCCGCUGGUUUUCAGUUUGGAAACUUGAUGGAAUAUACCAUUCCAGUGUUUCAUUACUUAGCUCAGUGUAUGCAAGGUUUAUGUGAAAGUACAAAUUUUAUUAGCUUGUUAGCUCCAUUAUCUUGUUCUGUGUCUAUCCUUCUACACCUUUUAAAAGUUAAUGCAAAAUGUUACCAAGACAGAGUAAAUCUUUCACAGACAGCUUAUGGGAAAAGCUGCUCUGAAAGAGACAACUGAUUGUCAGACUCCGUGGGCUUAAAAACUUACAGCUACAGUUUUAGUAACCAACCUCAGCUGUUUGGGUUUUUUUGGUGUCUCUGUAAUGCCUCUAUGAGUGAUCAGUAUUUUCAGUUGUCCGAAAGAUGUGCACAUAGAUCCUUAUCCAAAUACUGCACACUACCAAGUAUCUCUGGGAUCACUGGCUGCUGCAGUGGUUCAUGGACCUGAAGGUCAGGUCUUGAACCUUGAACUGGCUGCAGUGUUCUCUUAGGGGCCUAAAUUAUCCCACUUGAGUUAGUGUAGAUGUUUAAAAGAAUGAAGUAUUACAGCUGAAUUGAGCCAAACUGAAAUUACUAUCAUCUGGGUUUUUUUUUUAAACUCUUGAGAUUUACUGGGUUUUUCUGCUUUUUGAUUUUCUGAGCAGCCCUUCCUUCCUCGAAUUUAUAAUGUGGAUUUUGCAUCAAAACCUGGCAAAGAAGAUCUUGCAAAGUGAAACAUACCUUUCACCAUUCAGGCUGCUUUAAAGAAAAAAUAAUGUUACUACUGAGCCAAAUCACACAGAGAGGAAAUAUUUUUUCCUCUAGGAUAAUGUUUGCUGUAGGUAAGCUUUUGUGUACAUGUGUCCCUGUUUAAAAGGGGAGUACAUGUGUGCAGGUCUCCAUGCAUCACUCAUGCUCUAAUAUGACUUUUUCUGUUUGCCCUUCUGAUUGAAUGCUGGAGGCUUAGCAUUUUCUACAACCUUGAGGCAAGUUUAAAUCACUCUGCAAUACAGAAACAAGGAUUUUCUCCUUAUCUGGUCUCUCAAAAACAGACUAUGGGUGACAGCAAGCAUUGGAGUUCAUUAGAAGUAGAAUCACAUCAACUGAGCCCCAUUUGAAAUAAUAGACCAUGAGUUUUUGCUAGUUUUCUGCUUAGACUGACACUCUUUUGAGUAGAAAUAAAUGACAUCUGCCAGCAAAGUUUCCAGAGGUUGUCUGCUGCAGAAUAUGAGUCUCUCAGAUGCUUCUCAGCAGCUCUGCUACAACUGGUGACCCUUCUGCUGCAGUGUCCUCCUGACAGCACUUCCCUUAGCCCAGUUCACAGUCAAUAAUUUCAAGUACAUCAAAGGCAAGUUUAGACACUGCCCUGAGGAAUUUCCAUAAAAUGGAAGAGAAAGAUCCCUAUGUUUGUGGCACAUAAAAUCACAUCUGAGUUGUGAAAUAAAGGUCUCAGUGGCACACUGAAAAAUACUGGGAGUUUCUACACAGAGUUAAAGGGAGGGAGCAUAGCUGGACUUUUAAUUCCAAAAAACUAUGGCCAUGGAUCAGUCAGCAGCAGAAGAAAACUAACUUUGGGGCUUCUAACAACAAAUAAUAUUAUUGUGGCGUUAUUCAUUUUAUAGUUACACUGAUUGAACGUGAUGUACUGUACAAAAUAAAGCUAGUAUUAGGCUUCCAGGUGUACCGUGGCAUUCAUUUGAGACAUACCAACAGAAGUUUGCAUGUGAAGAAGUCUUACAGUGAUACUAAAGCAAUGUUACCCACUUGAUUGAGUCCCUUAGGAAUUUAAUGUUUUGCUGUUUUACAUCUGGUUUCCAUGCUGAGUACAAUAAAAUGAGCACUGUCUUAAUUA